CCAGGCUUAAAGGGGACGCAGACCUUCCGCACAACAACAACAAAACCAGCGCGCUCGCGGCCGGCGCCUCGGCUCUGGUCCCCGCCCUCCUGCCACCUGCCGCCGCCUGGGCCCCGCCCGGCCUGUGCCCCGCUGCCCUGCCCCAGGGGUCAGGCGGAGAGCGGGCCGCACCCUUCGGCCAACUUCUCCCGCAGCCAGCGCUCCGCCUCGCGAGACCCAGGGCCAGGCUGUGGCCGCCACCGAGCAGCAGGAAGGGAGCGGCCACCGCGGAAGACGUUCGGCCGGCGGCCCUGCCCAGGCGUGAAGGGUGGCGGUGGCGGGCCCCACGGCCUUCUCUCAGUCCGGAGCCCGGCGGAGCCCGGACCUGGCGGGGAAAACUGCACCCACGGCCGGGCCCCCCGACCCCGCCGCCGCCGCCACCACCGCCACUACCGCCACUGUCCAUCAUCCUUGGUACCGGCAAUGGCCUUUGUAUCGCCCGAUGCGCGUGUAACUGACGUGGACACGGAAUAUUAAGAACCUACUCGCUGCGGUCCCUAUCCCAGUCGCGCCGGCAGUAACCACCUAGGAUCAUUUGAGCUUAACUGCUGCUCCUCUUGACUCUCUCUAUUCGUCUUUGGGGGCCACCAUGGACCAAAAUGGGAUGGAGAUUCCUGUGACCCUCAUCAUUAAAGCACCGAAUCAGAAAUACAGUGACCAGACUAUUAGCUGCUUCUUGAACUGGACCGUGGGGAAACUAAAAACGCAUCUGUCUAACGUGUACCCUAGCAAACCAUUGACGAAGGAUCAGAGAUUGGUGUAUUCGGGCAGACUGCUUCCCGAUCAUCUGCAGCUGAAAGACAUUCUCAGAAAACAAGAUGAGUAUCAUAUGGUUCAUCUAGUAUGUACUUCUCGGACUCCUCCCAGUUCUCCAAAAUCCAGCACCAGUAAAGAAAGUCACGAAGCAUUGGCAUCCAGCAGCAAUUCUAGUUCAGAUCAGUCAGAAUCAACAACUCCAUCAUCCAGUCAAGAACCCUUGUCCUUAGCUGCCAGUUCUUCCUCAGAAGGAUUGAGGCAACGUACCCUUCCACAAGCACAAACGGAUCCAGCACAGAGUCCUCAGUUCCCAUAUGUAAUGCAAGGAAAUGUAGACAACCAGCUUCCCGGGCAAGCCAUACCAGCUGGGUUCCCGGUGUACCCCGGUUUCAGCCCCCUGCAGAUGCUGUGGUGGCAGCAGAUGUAUGCUCAUCAGUAUUAUAUGCAAUAUCAAGCUGCAGUUUCAGCUCAGGCCACAUCAAAUGCCAGCCCAGCCGAGCCUGCUGCUUCACAGCCUCUAAAUUUGGCACAUGUUCCUGGAGAAGAACCCCCACCAGCUCCAAACCUAGUGGCCCAAGAAAAUCGACCCAUGAAUGAGAAUGUUCAAAUGAACGCACAGGGAGGUCCUGUGCUAAACGAAGAAGACUUCAAUCGAGACUGGCUAGACUGGAUGUACACGUUCUCACGAGCUGCCAUUCUCCUCAGCAUUGUAUACUUCUAUUCUUCUUUCAGUCGGUUUAUCAUGGUCAUGGGAGCCAUGCUACUGGUUUAUUUACACCAGGCUGGAUGGUUUCCUUUUAGGCAAGAAGGUCAACAACAGGCUCCCAACAAUAAUGCUGAAGUUAACAAUGAUGGGCAAAAUGCAAACAACCUAGAACUUGAAGAAAUGGAGCGUCUCAUGGAUGAUGGGGUUGAAGAUGAGAGUGGAGAAGAUGCAGGUGAAGAUGCCAGUGCGCUUCAAAGGCCUGGAUUAAUGGCAUCAGCUUGGUCUUUUAUCACCACCUUCUUUACUUCACUAAUACCAGAGGGGCCUCCCCAGGUUGCCAAUUAGACCUGAAAAACUGUGCCAGCUGCAAAGGAGGGUCUGACUUCAGGAAAGUGUUUAAAUAACAGUGCAAUUUCAAAAAAAUUUAUUACUUUUCAUCAUCAUGUACAGAGGUGUUUUUUUCUUUAAGCUUCUCAUGCAUAUGAAUAUUUUAAGCACAAGUGAACUACUAAAUUUGUGAUUUUUUUUUUAAGAUCCUAACAGAACAUAGUGUAACAAUAUUAGUCUUCCAGGUUUUACUAAUUUCAAUUAUGUAUAUUAUACCAAGACAGACCUGUUUGUGCAUCUUAUUUCUUUAGAGAGCUGCUUCACAUAUAAAUGUCUAUAGCUUAUAGUCCAGCCCUUCAAUAUGUAAUUUGAAUAAAUAUGUCUAUUUUCUGUGAAUUAUCCCGAAAUUUUAAACAGAAUGACCUUAUAGUUUUUAAUAAAGAAUAUUAUUUACCUAAAAUGUGCUAGUAGCAUCUUGCCCAGCCAUAAAGCAAUAAACUUCUCAAUAAUCUUACUUUUGACAUUUGAAUAAAUAAUGGAAACUUUAUAUUUUAAGGGCAUGUAUCCCAUAAAUUGGAAUUAGUACCUUAAAAAAAAAAAGGCAGCUCUUAAUGGAAUUAAUAGUGAUAUAAAAUGUUUGAUACAGGCAGUACUUUUAUAAAACAAGAUAUGCUGGAAAUCACUCCCUGUAAUUUUUUUAAAUAAAAAGUCAAUUAUGGUAAA